CAGAAUGACUUCAUUGACGAAUAUCUCCUUUACCAUGAUUUAUUCCUGGAUGUUAUCCUGGAGUCAGAAGAUUUGGCCAAUGGAGGGCUCUGCGAACGUUGUCAGAGUCACGAAGGUUUAUUCCGGUGCUUGACUUGCAGUGGUGACCAUGCAUGGUGCCGUGCAUGUAUUCUCGAAGCCCAUAAAUCAUUACCCUUUCAUAAGAUGCAACAGUGGAACGGAAAAUGCUUCGGUGACACAUCCCUCAUGCAGAUGGGUUAUCUAUGGCAUAUGGGUCACGGGGGUCGUCCAUGUCCAUCCUCUCAAGGCUCUUGGGAAUGGGAGGAUUUGGAUGUGCAUAUAGACAAGCAGGGCGAGGGCACUGGAUCUCAUAUUGCCAGUGAAACAAGUCCACCAACCACGUCCUUAACCAUCGUCCACUCCACUGGAGUAUUUACACACAACAUACUCUGGUGUCAUUGCCCUGGAUCUCUGCAACAAUACUUGCAGUUGCUCAAAGCAGGAUUAUUUCCAGCCAGUAUAUCCCGGCCUCGAACUGCCUUCACCUUUGAUGCUCUCGACAAUUUUCUGAUUGAUGCCCUUGAAUGCAAGACAUCUGCAUCAAGCUUCUUCCAAAAGCUUCGACGGCUAACUAAUAAUGCUUUCCCAGAUACUGUGCCAGAUCAGUAUUGUGAACUGAUGAGGGUGUCUCGUCAAUGGAGAGAUUUGAUGAAUCGAAAAUGUUUUGGAUUUGGACAUAGUUCGUUGGUCAAGCCUGGGCCUGGUAACCUGGCUUUAUUUUGUGCUGCCUGUCCACAGCCUGGAAUUAAUAUGCCACUUCAUUGGCGGCAUAACUGGUUGAUCAUGCAGAGAUAUGUUGUGGAUGGCAACUUCACGGCUCAACAUAUGAAUAUGAGACAACCUCAUCUCGAUGUCUCCCUCUCUGAUGGUCUAGGGUAUAUGGUGACAGAGGCUGGGUACCAGGCUCAUUUGUCAUCGGCUAUGGAGAGCAAGGAUAGAUCCUCUUGCAGUAAUCACCGUGCAGUCAAUGCUGCCAACACAAACAGAAGCAAUCUUCGAGCAACUGGUGUAGCUGCCACUGCUUGUGCACGUCAUGGAUGUUUUGUUCCUCAUGCAGUGGUGGACUUUCAGAAGGGUGAAUGCCACAUGAACGUUGACUACUCAAUAUGCAAUGCUAUCAAUCAUCAUUCUCAUGACAUUGAUACCUCGCUUAUCAUCUAUGAUGUAGGCUGUCAGUGGUGCAUUCAUUUUGCAGAACGUGUAGCCAACUGCCCAGGAUUAUCCCUACCUGAACAUAAUCGAGUUUUGGCCGCUGUUGGUAAAUUCCAUCUCAGCGCGCAUAAACUUCCAUGUUUUGCAAGAUUUAGUCUCAAUUUUCUUCAAGGGGCAGGUCAAGUAGAUGGAGAAAUUCUAGAAACUCUCUGGGCAUCUUUCAAUAAGAUAUCACCAACUGCUCGUUCAAUGAGUCAAUACCACCGACAGGAAAUUUUGGAUGAUCACAUGCGGGACUCCAAUUGGAAGAAACUAGUUGGACUUGUCAAGACUCUCUUGAAAAAGUAUAAACGAGCCAUCAAGGGAAUUAACGAUACAAAGUCUCCUUUUGAUGAGCUAACACACUCAUUGGACGAUGAAAAAAUUGCUAUAUGGGAAAAUGAUGAAAAGAAGGCUAUGGAGGAACGAGGGGAAUAUCUUGACAUUUAUCAGCUCAAGAUUGAUCAAGCCCCUACAAUGGCUGAGAUUCGACUAAGAUUAACUGAAGCAGAGAAUGCCGAAACAGGAAGAUUAGGAACAGUAUCUUGGAUCAUUCAAGGCAUUAAUCUUGAGGAUGCCCAGGAUGGGUUACGAUCAGAGUUUCGUCGCCUCCCAUCUGAUGCCACUGCUGCUCAGAAGGCUACUCUGCAAGAGAAACAACAGAAACUAUCAGCUCGUAUAACUGCAUUCCAUGAAACUGCUGAUGCUAUGACAGAGGGAAUAGAGCUGGAAGCAGGUACGGUGCACAAAGAUGAUGCUAGGUUUUGCUGGGCAGAAGAUGAAGAGCAUGACUGGGAGGCUCAUGUUGCUGACCUUGAAGAUGAUUCCGAAUUGGUGGAUGACGAAAUUUCAGCAGAAGAUAUGGGUCUCUGGAUGCCAUCAUCAGUGCCUCAUGAUCAAGUCACUUCGGCUCAUUUAUUAGCCCUUCAAGCAGAGGAAUUGGAGCUGAGACAAGGUCAAGCCAAUGAUUGCCUUGAAAAAAUUCGGUUGGCUCUUGGUGAUAAGGCUGUCAUCUACCGUCAACACUUUCGAAGUGCCGAUUCUGUGUGGACUGGGACAAGAUCCAAGCAAGAAGCUCAAUGUUGUCGUAUCAAAAUCGACAAGUAUGUCCGAAGUUAUCAAAGGGCAAGAUCAGCUAUGGAGAGACUUGGCAUGGAUCGAGAAUCUCUAGAAACUGUUUAUCAAGAAAUACUAGCUGAACAGCUUAGUAUUGACAAGGAGGUGACAGAAGAGAAUAGAUUCGGCCAGGGUUCAGACAAACUCGCAUGGUUUUGGAGGGUUAACAAUGGAAAGAAGGAUCAAACAGACACUUGGAUGGAUGAAUUCUACAGAGUGAACUGGUUGAAGGCAAAGGCAAGAUGGAACAGGUGGGAGGAGGAGUUAAGUCUGGUUCAACACGAAAUGGGGUGGACAGUCAGUUGGUUCAAAUCCCAAGAGGAAAAAUGGCAACUACGAUGGCACCAAGCUACCAAACCUGGUCAUCAACCAUAUGCCCAUAAACAGGUACUGGUGUGGAAAGCAUUCGCAGCAGAAGCUGAGGAAAAAUUCAAGGACAAGCUGCUAAUCAUGAUUUGA